AUGUGCAGUCACAUGGAAAGAGACACUCAUUAUCAAGUUAAGGAUUAUACCACUGAAAGAUAACGGCUAGAUCCAGUGCUAGUUCGGGUAUUUUUUUAAGGGAAUGUAGACAUGGGUCAGUACUGGAAGAACUAUUUGUUUUGCGAAGAUGAGAAAGAUAUCUAUAAUGUGCUGAUUGUGUAAUGGAAUGCACUGGAGAUCCUUGUAGCACAAAUGGGGGCGUUUUAUACUUCCUGUUGUCACAAUGAUGAAAAAGAAGAGCAGAAUACUAUAUUAUGUUCCCAGUCCUGGAGUAAGGCUAGUGUGUCGAGUGAAAGGGACGUGUGCAUGUCAGAACUGGGGCAAGAGUGGAAGCCGUGGAGGCUUCCUUACACCUCCACCUCCAUCACAGGAGGGGAGUCGGACCAGGAGCUGCAGACUUUUAUCAUGAUGAGGAACCAGGUGGAUAAAGACACUGAGGAGUGGGAGAAGCUGAACUACGAUAUUCACGCACUGAGAUAUGCUCGUCGGGAGGUGUAUGUGCGCUGGAAGAAGAUCCUACUGCUGCUGGGUUACCAGAGGGAAGUGGAUUCACUGUUAGCAGUGAAUAAGCAGAGUGUAAUGGCUGUAGGAGAGAAUCUGGAGAGAGCCCGAGACCUGCUUUACACAGUGUGUGAGGAGUCCAGCCUCUUCCCCAGCGGCGUAGAACCCAACGACAGAUUCCUCUUCGUCAUGGAUCGCUUGGUGUCUUUGGACAGCGCUGAGGACUUUGUUAGAAUGGCCAAGGAGAAAUAUCCCAGAACCAAGCUAUGAGAGUGACACUGAGACUCACUAGGUUUGUGAGUGAGCGUGCAUGUGUGUACAUGUAUGUGAGGUGAGGUGAGGUAGGGUUUCUGUCUGACUGAAGGCGAAAUACAGAAAUGCAGAAAUGUUCACUGGGACUUAACAGGUCCUGGGCAAAACUAGAUCACACUGUUAAAUAGCAGUUUUUUUCUGCAACUAUCUGAAGCCUGCACAUAUUGCAUCAGACUGAUUAAAGUAAUUGGUAGCUAUUUUAGAGCCAUUUCAGUAAAAAUAGUCAAAUAAUCAAUUAAAUAAAAAUAAAUUUAAAACAUUUAUAUUUAAUAUAGUAAUAAUAUAUUAGUUUGUGUUGUUAAGUACACUUCCAUAUGUAUUUUAACUUCUGGUAUUGUAAACACAACAGUAGUUAUUCAGAUUUAGCCUUUUAAAUUGCAGAAUGUUUCUUUCAGGAUGGUAGCAGAAUUCUCAGUUGAGAAAUUUUGUACACCCUAUGAACCUUUUUUUUCUGUGAAUGGUCCAAUAUUAUCUUAUGAACUUACACUAUAGCACUGAAAGAUAAUCAUUACUGAAUUUGAUUAAAAUAUAUAUUUUACU